CUGCCCCAAUCUAGCUCUAGUCCGAGCUCCCGGACGGACGCAGAGCUCUCAUGGCGCUCUGGGUGGUUCUCCUCUGUACCUUGAUAGCAUUGCUGCUUGGUGGGCUCUACCUCCUGGGCAUGUUUCGGAGACGGAGACCCGAUGAGCCGCCUCUGGACAAAGGUACCAUUCCCUGGCUGGGUUACAUGCUGGAUUUCAGAAAGGACAGUUCGGAGUUUCUCAAAAGGAUGCAGAGAAAACACGGGGAUAUUUUCACGGUGCUGAUCGGAGGCUAUUACUUCACCUUUGUGAUGGACCCCUUCUGCUUCGGAGCCAUCACGAAGGAAUCACGAUCUAAACUAGACUUCAGGAGUUUUGCAUCUAAACUGGUCCAGCAAGUUUUUGGCUACAAGCCCAUCGAAGCCAGCCAUAGCAUCAUUCAUGCAUCAAGCACGAAGCAUCUGAUGGGAGACGGACUCACUGUCAUGACACAAGCCACCCUGGAGAACUUUCAGAAGCUGAUGUUUUUCAAUCUGAGCUCGGGAGAGGAGAAGCGAGUGUGGCAAGAGGACAGCCUCUUCCACUACUGCUACAACAUCGUCUUCAGAGCCGGGUACCUGGCUCUGUAUGGCAGCGAGCCACACCAAGGGGCAGAUAACAAGGAGAAAGCUAUCGAGCAAGAUCGCAUCCGCUCCAACCAGGUGUUCUACGAGUUUCGGAAGUAUGACCGGCUCUUCCCUCGCCUGGCCAGUGCUGUGUUACCUCCCAAGGAAAAAAUAGAAGCUGAACGGCUGAAGAGGCUCUUCUGGAGCACACUGGCCGUGAAGAAGACCAGGCAGAAGGACAAUAUCAGUGGGUGGAUAAGGGAUCAAGAGCAGCUUCUGGCAGAAAAUGGUGUCCCCGAGUAUAUGCGGGAUCGUUUCAUGUUUGUGCUCCUCUGGGCAUCCCAAGGCAACACGGGCCCAACUGCCUUCUGGCUCCUUUUGUAUCUAAUGAAACAUCCAGAAGCUAUGAAGGCUCUGAAGGAUGAGGUAGAUAAAGUCUCAAGGGAGAACGGCCAGGAAAUGAAGCCAGGCAGCCCACCAGUUAACAUCACUAGGGACAUGUUAAACCAGACUCCUCUUCUGGACAGUGCUCUGGAAGAGACCCUGAGGCUGGUUGCAGCCCCAAUACUGGUCAGAGCUGUCCUCCAGGACACCAGCCUGAAGAUGAGCAGCGGGACAGAGUACACUCUCCGCAAAGGAGACAGGGUGGCUCUGUUCCCACACGUGUCUGUGCAGAUGAACCCAGAAAUUCACCCCGAUCCUCACGAAUUUAAGUACGACCGCUUCAUAAACCCAGACGGCACCAAGAAAGAUUUCUACAAAAAUGGGAAGAGGCUGAAAUACUUCAACAUGCCUUGGGGGGCAGGAGUAUCCAUCUGUCCCGGGCGGUUCUUCGCAGCCACUGAAAUGAAACUGUUUGUGUUCUUGAUGCUGAGUUACUAUGACCUGGAGCUGGUCAACAGAGAACAGGAGAUCCCGGCGAUAGAUGUCAGCCGCUGGGGAUUUGGGACGAUGCACCCUGUUUGUGAUGUUCAGUUCAGAUACCGGCUACGCUUUUAAUUUGGGAAGUCCUUGUUGCAUUGCUUGUUCUGCUGUUAUCUUUGAAAUAAGUUGUGUGAUCUCAUGGUUAUCAGAUCUGUGCGGGCACCAACAUUGAUAUGAUCUUGUUUGCUUAACCGUUAUCAUGGCUUUUCUUUUUAUGUCCUUCACAUGUAUCGCUGCUCUGCAUCUCUGGUUAUUGUGGUGUUGGGUUAUCUGAUAAAAGCUCACCUUCAUACCCACAAAGGAGCGCAGAGAGACAAAUAGUACCCUGCCAGCCUACUUCCAGACCCAUCACAGGGGCCAUCAGCCCAUCUGCACAAGCCCAGAGGAGCACGGGGGCAUAUUGGCAGGUGGGAAUCCAAAUUAAGGACUUCCAAGGAACGAGCGUUUUGUACAGGUCCCUCCCAGGACUGUCCCAGCAGAACCAUCAGCCCGACGGUCCCGGCGUGAGACCCAUGGAGAUGUGUCAUUGGGAGCAGCUCUCUGGAUCACCAUCUGCGCUAAGGGGGAUUGCUGUCAAGGGAGGGGGGACAUCUUAUGGCGUGCAGGGGAAGAGCAUUUUGGGAUUGCACAGGAUUUAUGGUGGGAUAGUUAGGGGAGGAACCAAAGGUGGGAAAAAGGAGGGGUUUAGGUGAUUUGGGGAGAAAAAUAGAGGGGUAAGUGGAUAAAAAGGGCUGGGGGUGUGUAAAUAGGCAGCUGGUCCAGACACUUGUCUGGUCACACCCCGCACCCAAUGAGCACAGUCUGUCCUAUUGUCUUAUUAAAUUCCUUUCCUUAAAUUCAA